UCGAGGUGACACUGAGGCAGAGUACAACCCGGCUUCAUGGCGCGUGCCCUCCCCCGCAGUCCGGGGAAUGGAAGGUGCAAGGGCUCGGAGUGGCCCAGGCAGUGGGCUGUGCCCAAGUCUCCUCCCUUCGGCUGGCCGCAGCCCUGCAAUCCGAGCGUCCCCUAGGCCAUGGCUGCCCCACAGCUUUUCCGAGCUCUGGUAUCUGCUCAGUGGGUGGCGGAGGCUCUGAAAUCCCCUCGCGCCUCUCAGCCGCUGAAGUUACUGGAUGCGUCCUGGUACCUACCCAAGCUGGGCCGCGAUGCGCGACGCGAGUUUGAGGAGCGCCACAUCCCGGGCGCCGCCUUCUUUGACAUCGAUCGUUGCAGCGACCACACAUCGCCCUACGACCACAUGCUGCCUAGUGCCACGCAUUUCGCCGACUACGCGGGCAGCUUGGGCGUGAGUGCCGCUACACACGUCGUGAUCUACGACGGCAGCGACCAGGGCCUCUAUUCCGCUCCGAGGGUCUGGUGGAUGUUCCGUGCCUUCGGCCACCACUCUGUGUCGUUGCUGGACGGCGGCUUCCGCUAUUGGCUGAGCCAGAACCUGCCAAUUAGCUCUGGCAAAAGCCCCUCGGAACCUGCGGAGUUCUGCGCGCAGCUCGAUCCCUCCUUCAUCAAGACCCACGAGGAUAUCCUGGAGAACUUGGAUGCCCGGCGCUUCCAGGCAUCGAACCUGGACACAUCCCUGGCUCAGUAAACAUCCCAUUCACUGAAUUCCUGACCAGUGAAGGUCUGGAGAAGAGCCCAGAGGAGAUCCAACGCCUGUUCCAGGAGAAGAAGGUGGACCUGUCCAAGCCCUUGGUAGCCACAUGCGGCUCCGGUGUCACAGCCUGCCACGUGGUCCUGGGGGCCUUCCUCUGUGGCAAACCCGAUGUGCCUGUCUACGAUGGCUCCUGGGUGGAGUGGUACAUGCGUGCCCAACCGGAGCACGUCAUCUCUCAGGGCCGGGGGAAGACCCUGUGAAGGACACAGUGCAGCUUGGGUGACACCGAACCAUCCUAGUGCCAGCCUGGUCACUCUGACCCUGCUUUGCCAAGAGUCCUUCCUCAGACAACUCAGGUGGUGUUUAAGGUGAUAUCCCAGAGACCAGGAGUUUCAGUGACUCCUGGGCACUCAGUGGAGGUAGCCGAGAGGUGGCAGACAGUAAGAGGGUACCCAGGGGAGGGAGGGAGGCCAGACAGUAGAACAGCUUACAUGGUGCUAAGCUGGGGCCCACCUAGCUUGUUUCACUGUUGGGAAAUAAAACAUCAAGCACAAAA